AUGGAAGCGCUUCACUCUUUGCCUCGAAAUCAGGACGUUCCGAUGCGACAACCAUCAGCGGAAGAUUUGGAUGCUGCGCAGCAGUUGAUCUCCUCCGCGCAGGCAGGUCGUGAACAUUUAGCAGAUCACUACCGGGAGGAUGGCAUGGUGCAAGGGUCUGGCCAACCGGGAACAACUCAAUGGAUUGGACACAACGAUAUCUCGAGCGAGAAAACAUCCCCUGGCAGCCAAAAAGACACAACAUUCCUGGGGCAUUCAUGCAGCAAUUGCGGCACAAAAAGCACUCCUCUCUGGCGUCGUUCUCCCACGGGAGCGAUGAUCUGUAACGCCUGCGGUCUCUACCUCAAAGCUCGCAACGUCGCUCGUCCCACGAAACGGAAUAGGAUGCAAUCAGAGGGGGCCGAGAAGCCGCCGGCUCCUACAAGCUCUCACUGUGGCGGUUCCUCGGAAGGUGGUGGUUGCAAGGGGUCAUGCCCUGGUGGUGGGAGUUGUAAUGGCACUGGUGGUGCAGAAGGGUGCGAUGGAUGUCCGGCAUACAACAACCGGAUAUACAAGUCUGCUCCCCGAGGAGCGACUACCAUCCAGUCAUCGUGGGGCCGUCACCCAGCGCAAGAACUUGAGCCUGUGACGCAGGAGGAGCCACCGGUAAAGAUGCCUACUCCUGCUGAUGGCCCCAAUACCUUGGUUGCUUGUCAAAAUUGCGGCACAACCGUGACUCCUCUGUGGCGGCGCGAUGAACAGGGCCACCCCAUUUGCAACGCUUGUGGGUUGUACUAUAAGCUCCACGGAUGCUAUCGCCCCACCAACAUGAAAAAGUCCAUCAUCAAACGUCGCAAACGUGUUGUUCCCGCCCUGCGGGAUCAGUCCCCCACCGCUGCUACCCUUUCUUCCAAUGGCUCAUCAGCAUCCCCGGAGGCUUCGCCUGCCGCCCUGGCGCAUGGCCAUGACGAUCACUAUCGAUAUAUGAGCAGUGAGCCUGCGGAGCACUACCACAUGAUGCCUGGAAAGACCGAAGAUGCACCUCGACCCUUACCGUUUGCGCCACCGCCGGUUGAUUUUACCGGGUACAAUGUCUCAUCCAUGCCCCUUGUACAUGGUCUCUCCGUCUCCCACGGCCUACCCAAACCCUUGGGAGUGGAUCGCCUGGGACAUUCACCCGUAUCUCAGUACGGGCGGCGAGGCUCUCCCGGCCCCGUCUACAUUGGAAGCAGGAUCAAAUCAACUGCCUCCCAUUAUGUCUUCGGCCAAUCCUACUCCCCCGGUCGUCUUAGCUCAAUCUCGUCCAUUCUGAACCAAUCAGAUGUUCGGGGCGAGCCUCGCCCAGAUACCAAUCUGGGACGUCCACCUCCUAUUCACCACUCUAUCUCCCCUUCGCCUCACCCGCCGCAGCCUUUGCCUGGCCUUGCAUCUCUCGGAGACUCGGUUGAUCGCCGUGUCCGACUUGAACGCGAAGCUGAGCAGAUGCGCGAGAUGCUCAGAGCAAAGGAGCGCGAGCUGGCAGAAAUGAGACGAUAG